UUCAAUCACCAUGUCUAGCAUUCAAGCAAUGGUUGUAAUAGCAAUAUUACUAUUAUGGGAUGUUAUUUCUUUGUCCCAUAACACUGCUGCCACCAUAGCAGAAGAGAAACAUGCUCUACUUGAAAGCAAAUGGUGGAAUACUAUCCAUGGCAGGUUCAACUUCAUAAUCUCAAACCAUUGUGAAUGGAAUGGCAUAACAUGCAAUGACUUUGGAAGCAUUAUCGAGAUUCAGAUGCCACGUGUUGCUGCACAACAGCCUCGACUUGGAGAUCUUAACUUCACUGCACUUUCCAAUCUGAAAAUUUUGUCUCUCAUUGGAAUGAGGCUGACAGGUACCAUUCCGACUCAAAUAGGAGCUCUACGGAAUCUCAUUCAUCUAAACUUGGCAUACAACGACCUUGUUGAUUUUGGCACAGCUAGAAUUCUUGAUCCUGAGUCAUCCAAUCAAACUCUUUUAGUUGGUACCUAUGGUUAUAUUGCUCUAGAGCAAGCAUAUACCUUGGUCGUGACUGAAAAAUGUGAUGUCUAUAGUUUUGGAGUAGUGGUAUUGGAAAUCAUCAUUGGAAAGCAUCCUGGGGAUUUGAUAUUGUAUUUGUCAGAGGACAAUACUGAAAGCAUUUUCUUAAAAGAUAUCUUGGACCCACGUCUUCCACUUCCCUUGCGAAAAGAUGCAAAAGAUGUGAUUCUUUCAAUCACAGUAGCAUUAGCGUGCCUACAUCCCUCUCCAAAAUCUCGACCAUCAAUGAAGCAAGUCACUCAAACUCUCUCGUUCUCCAAGUUGCAACUAGCCACUCCUUUCAAUGGCAUUUCAUUCAAACAUUUAAUGAAUCAAGACAUAUAAAUUUUUUAGUAGGAAGCGGGGAGAGACUUGUUAGUAGUGAUGUGCUACAGGCUAAUCCUUUGCAGAUAGAUGUUGUGUUUUCUUUUUAGAGUUGUAUUGUCAUCAUUAUUAUGGGUGCAUGUUUACUUUAUACUACCAUAAAUAACUUGAAUCUUGUCUCAAAGUUAGUUUCUUUAUGGACCGUAAUCACA